GUGUCACCUGACGUCAGUUGGCGGGGCCGCCUCGCUUGCUGGGUGCUGCCGGGGCUCGCUGAGGCCUGUCCUAUCCUGGAGCUGGCGUAAAGUUCCUCCAAGUCGAGAUUUCAAGUGAUACACAGGAUUUAAAAGCAGUGCAGAUGAUUUGAUGUUUGGCAAAAACUGUUUGAGACAAAGGCUGAAAGAAGCGAAGAGGAAGGAUGAGUCUGCUAAAACCUAGUGGGCUGAAGGCUCCUAGCAAGAUUGCCAAACCAGGGAGUACUGCAGUGAAGCAAGCUGCUUCUUCACAACCAUCGACAAAAACUUCACCAGGUGAGAAGUCAUCAAGUACAUCCAAUGCAGAGGCACAGGAAGAAUUUGUGGAUGACUUUAGAAUUGGGGAGCGCAUCUGGGUAAAUGGUAGCAAACCUGGAUUCAUCCAGUUUCUCGGUGAGAGUCAAUUUGCUCCAGGCCAGUGGGCUGGAAUUGUUUUGGAUGAACCAAUUGGUAAAAAUGAUGGUUCAGUUGCUGGGGUUAGAUAUUUCCAAUGUGAGCCAUUGCGUGGAAUAUUUACAAGACCGUCAAAACUGUCUCGAAGCCCACUGACUGGUGAAGCUAAUGGUUCACAGACACGUGCAGCAUCUGUUUCCAGAGCCACUUCACCAACCUCUACUUCAGCCAGUGUUGCGACUGCUUCAUCGACACCAACUGCACAAAAAGUGGCAUUAGACGCAUCAGGUGCAACUCAGGAACCAGCAACCCCUUCAACCAUGACCAAUCUCUUAAAAACAGCAAGUGAAUCUGUAUCAAACCUCUCAGAAGCUGGCUCAGUCAAGAAGGGAGAACGUGAAUUGAAGAUUGGAGACCGGGUCCUGGUUGGAGGUACGAAAGCAGGAGUGGUGCGCUUCUUGGGAGAGACUGACUUUGCUAAAGGGGAGUGGUGUGGGGUGGAACUAGAUGAACCUCUUGGAAAGAAUGAUGGAGCUGUGGCUGGAACCAGAUAUUUUCAAUGCCAGACGAAGUAUGGUCUGUUUGCACCAGUUCACAAGGUUACCAAAAUUGGAUUUCCCUCCACAACACCAGCUAAAGCCAAGACAACUGUACGAAAAAUAGUAGCCACUCCAUCAAAUCUUAAGCGCAGUCCCAGUGCGUCAUCCAUAAGCUCUUUGAGCUCGAUGGCCUCUUCUAUCAGUGGUAGACCUAGUCGUUCAGGUUUGUUAACAGAAACAUCCUCGCGCUAUGCAAGAAAAAUUUCAGGUACCACUGCAUUACAGGAGGCUUUAAAAGAAAAGCAGCAACAUAUUGAGCAGCUUCUGGCUGAACGAGAUCUGGAAAGGGCAGAAGUUGCUAAAGCAACUAGCCAUGUGGGAGAAGUUGAACAGGAGCUCACAUUACUUCGGACAGGUCAUGAGCAGCAUGUAUUGGAGAUGGAGACAAAGAUGGACCAGUUACGAGCACUGGUCGAGGCUGCUGACAGAGAGAAGGUGGAGCUGCUGAACCAGCUAGAGGAAGAAAAAAGGAAAGUGGAGGAUCUUCAGUUUCGUGUAGAGGAAGAGUCCAUUACCAAAGGUGAUUUAGAGACGCAGACCAAACUGGAGCAUGCCCGCAUUAAGGAGCUUGAACAGAGCCUGCUCUUUGAAAAGACCAAAGCUGAAAAACUCCAGAGGGAGUUAGAAGACACUAGGGUGGCCACAGUAUCUGAGAAGUCAAGGAUUAUGGAGUUGGAAAGGGAUCUUCAGUCACGCACAAAAGAAGUUUCAGAACUUCAACAUAGACUAAUGAGCACUGGAGGCUCAGGUAGUGUGGACGAUACCUCUCCUCUCUUGGAAGAACUCAACAGCAUGCGAGAUAAGAUAACAACAAUGAACACAGAGCAUCAAAAUGAACUUGAUGCACUCAAAGAAAAAUUUGAAGCAUCAGAAGCAGCCCACCAAAAGAUUGUUAAACAACUGCAAGCUGACAGUGGAAAAAUGUCCAAGGAGAAUGAAAUUCUAAAAUCCAAAUUGGAUCAAGCCAAUAUUGAAAAUUCAGAGGUUAUUAGUCUGUGGAAAUGUAAGCUGGAGUCUGCAAUUGAAUCUCAUCAGCAAGCUAUGGAAGAACUCAAGUUGUCUUUCAGUAAAGGAGCAGGUGCCCAAACUACAGAGCUCCUAGAGCUGAGAAGUACCUUAGAAAAGCUUAAAACUGAAUAUCAAAUGGAACUUGAGAAUAUUAACGUUAAACAAGAUUUUGAAAAGUCUGAUUACCUAAAAAAGAUAGAAGAACUAAAAUCACAACUAUUGACAGUUUCUACCGAGAACGAGAAAGGUACAGAAAUUUUGAAAUUGCAGCUGGAAUCUGCAACAAAUCAACACCUGGAAGAGAUGGAAGAGACCUUGGCAAAGUUACAAGACACUCAACUGAAGGUAAAGGAACUGCAAGUUUUGCAGGAUAGGUGUAAUGAACAGGCCCAAAUCAUUGAAGCCCUAACAGCUGAAAUGACAGUGGCUGGAGAAAAAGUGUUAGGAUAUGAAUUGCUGCAAGAAGCUGUAUCUCAAGGUAAAGAGGAAAUCCGAAGGCUUGAAGAGAAGCUUAUGGUUGUUGAGUCACAAAGGAAAAGCAGUGAAGCUUUGAAACUUUCUGAAGGUAGUAAGGUUACUGAUUUGACCAAACAGCUUGAGGAACAAACUCAGGCAGUUAUUGAUUUGGAGAAAAGUCUGGCUGUAGUGAGUCAGGAUAAACAAAUUUUGGAACAACAGCUGCAAUCCGUGAACGAAAAGCUUGACAGCACAUCGGAGGCACAGCAAAAACUACAGAAGACUAUGCAAGAAACACUUGCAGAAUUGAAUGAGAAAGAAGAACAGAACACGUCACUUUCUGCUGAAUUAUUGGAGCUAAAAUCUCAGCUCUCUGCUCUGGAGAGAAAAAUGAAAGUUGAAGAGGAAAAGGCAGAGCAGUUGACUCGAGAUAAGUCCAAACUUGAAAAUACCAUCUCUGAAAUGAUGAAAUCUUCAGGGGAUAACUCUGCACAGCUCACAAAGAUGAAUGAAGAUUUGAAAGAAAAAGAAAGGAGAGAAGAGGAAUUACAAGCUCUGUAUCAUCAAUCCAAUGAAAAGAUUGCUCGUUUACAGGAAAGUUUGGAGCAACUUGCAUGUAAAUCAGAACAGACACAGCGGGAGGAGCAGCAGAAACAUCAGCUUGAACUUAAAGCAAUGUUGGAAAAAAUAACAGACCUGCAAACGCAGGUGAAGAUGCACAGUGCACACAGCAAGGAGCUGCAAAUUACUCACGAGAAAGUCCUUUCAGAAAUAAAUGCAAAAAAUGAUACUCUAGUGAAAGAGCUUAGUCAAGACCUAGAGAAAACCAAACAAGCACUGCAAAACUCCCAAGAGAAGAUUAUUGAAAGGGAAAAACUGGUGGAAGAGUUGAAGCAGCAAGUGGAAGAGAUCCAGUCUUUAACCUUCGAGCUAGCAACAGCCAAAUCUCAGUAUGAGCAAAUAACAGAGGAUAUGAGAGCUUUGAAGGGGGAUAAAGAAAAGCUGAUCCAGCAUGGAGAUGCACUAAAAUACGAGAAAGAGUCCCUAUUCUCUGAACUUUCAGAACUGAAGUUGCAGUAUAUUUCCUUGCAGAAAGACCAGCAAAUGUUAGAAUCAAAGAACAAGGAAUUGCAGUUGGAAAAAACAGCAUUUUUAGAAGAGAGGCAGGAUUUUGAGUGUAAACAGCAACAACUUAUUAUGGAAAAGGAAACUUUAGGAACUGAAAAGGAACAAUUUCUUAUAAAUACAAAAUAUCUGCAGCAACUAUUUGAUAAGUUAACAAAAGAAAAUGAAGCUCUCCAAGACACUCAGUCCAACCUGACUAAACAACUGGCAGAAAUUCAGAUAAGCAGCAGAGUAGUAGAUUGUGAACGAGCACAGCUGCUUCAAGAAAAGGAAGAGUUGUUAUCAGCCUAUAGAGUAACAAUUACAGAAAAAGAUGAUAUUGUGAAAGAAAAGGAAAAGAUUGCAGAAAAUUUGCGCAAAUCAUGUACAGAGACAGCCAUUGCUCUUGAGAAAUUGACAAAAGAAAGAAAUGACCUGAUGGUUGAAAAGGACUCUGAUUUAUUGAAAUACUCAAAGCUUGAAGCUCAGUAUGACUUUUUAGCUAAGGAGAAAAAUCUGCUCCAAUCAGCAAAUAAUGAUCUUGCCUCUAAGAAGGAAACUCUUGAGAAUGAGAACAGAAAUCUCAGUUUAAAUUUUCAGAAGAUUGUCCAUGAAAAGCAAGCCUUAAUUAAUGAAAGGGACCAAUUGCAGAAUUGUAGUGACCUUUCGAAGGAAGAAAUAAAAAAAUAUAUGAAAGAAAAUGCAGAGCACAAGGCCUCAAUCUCCAGCCUGUCAAAACUCCUGGACGAGAUUAAGAAUAUCAGGCAGGUAACAGACUCUGAACGUGUCCAGCUACUCCAAGAGAAGGAAGUGCUGACAACAUCUAAAAGAAAACUGACAGUGGAAAGGGAUGAACUUGCUAAGGAAAAAAAUGAGUUGUUUGCAAAGCUACAGAAAUCGCUUGAGGAGGCAGCUAACAUUGAGAAAAAGUUCAAUGAAGAAAAUGAUGCACUGAAAACAGAGAGAGAUUCACUCAGGAUGAAACAGACACAGCUCAAUACUCAUUGUGAAUCUUUACAAAGAGAGAAGGAAAUCUUAGAAACAAAAAGCAAUGUGCAAUUGUCAGAAAAUGAAGCUCUCUCAGGCGAGAUAGCUAGAAUUAAAUCACAGCAACAGCAGCUCAUCACUGAAAAUACAGCCAGAGAUGCAGAAUGGGAUCGGCUGCUCAGCAACAUUGCGUUCUUAAAGAAAGAAAUUGACCAACUGACCAAAGAAAACGAAGAACUCCAGAUCUCAAAAUCAAAUUUGUCUACACUUUUGGAUGAAGUUCAAAACAGCAAAGAAAUUGUGGAUUUGGAGAGAUUCUGCUUGUUGCAGGAGAAGCAGACACUCGUAGCUGAGCUUCAGGAGCAGUGCUCUGAAAAUGUAAAUCUUAGUGCCCAAAAGGUGGAAUUAGAGGAGAAAUUCAGUAAAUUGAAUGAACAGGUGAGAGUAUUUCAGAGCCAACUAAUACAAGACAGGAAUGCAGCAAAAAUGGAAAAAGAGUCUCUCAUUGUGGCUCAUUCAAAACUUGAAAAUCACUUUCGGUUAUUGCAGAAAGAAACAGAUGCCGUUAGAGCUAAAAAUGAUGAACUACUUUCACAACGAGACUUAGUAGUAAAAGAAAAAGAGAUCAUUGAUAUUGAACUGAAGAAGUCUGCUGCUGAGAAAGAAGGCCUAAUAGUUGAGAAAAAUAGUCUGAUGUCCAAUGUUGAACAACUAAAGAAAGAACUUGAUAUAGUAACAAAAGAAAAAUUAGAGACUGAGGUUUCACAAUGCAAUAUUUCGAGACUCCUUGAUGAAUUCCACAGCAGCCAGAAGGUAUCCGACUUGGAACAGUUAAAGCUCCGGGAGGAGAAGGAUAGCUUACUGGCUACAGUACAAAAACUACACACUGAAAAAGAAGAGCUUAUUAAAAUGAAAGAUGAGCUAGUUGACUCCCUGUGUAAGGUACGUGAAGAGGCUGCUGUUUCUGCUCAGGACCGUAUAGAAGCUGCAUCAAAAUUCCAACAGCUGUUAUGUGAAAAGGAGGUGUUGCUGGAACAUGAAAAAAAUCUUGCUUCCAAACUAAAAGAUCUUCAGGUUCAUCAAAAUAUUACUUUAUCAGAGAAAAUUGAGGCUUCCAAAAAAGUUGAAGAGGCUGGACAGUUAUUAGAGAAGGUGAUGAAGGAAAAAAAUAUGUUGGAUCAACGGAAUGCCGAAAUGUUGGUAGCAUUAGAAGAAUACACGCUGAAAAACCAGAAGCUUCAAAAUGAGCUGGAAGCUCUUAAGGAGCAAAGUAGUAAAUACCAAGAAGAUUUGAACCAAUCAAAACAACAGCUCAGCUCUGAAAAUAAAAGAAUAGGAAGCCUUUGCAAAGAAAUAGAGGAGCUGAAGCUGGCAGCAGCCCAGAAAUCCCAGCAGCUGGCAGCACUGCAUGAAGAAAACGGCAAACUUGCAAGCGAGCUGGACAGAAGCAAGGACGAAGUCACCAGUCAUCAGAAGCUCGAAGAGGAGCGAUCUGCACUCAAUAAUCAGCUGCUAGAAAUGAAAAAAAGACUGAAAAAAGUCUAUCCACGUUACAAUAACUUGCCCAAUAACACUUCAAGAGAAUCUCUAUUAAAGAAAGAGUUUGAUGAAGACAAAAAGUCCUUGCAGAAAUCCAUCACUACUACUAGUGCCUUGAUCGCAGAUAGAGACAAAGAACUCGAGAAACUCAGGAACGAGAUCACAGUGCUACGAAAUGAAAAUGCCAUGGCAAAACAAUUGCAGUCAGUAGUCCAAUCAUUGGAAUCUGAUAAAUCAAAGCUAGAACAAAAGGUGCAGAAUUUGGAAAAGAAAAUCAAUGAUAACAAGAGGCAGCUUGACAAUGUUACAUCUUCAGGAGAACCAGUCAUUGAAAAACAAAGCGAAGGAACUGAUUCAGCUGAGAGCCAGAUUGAUUUCCUGAACUCCGUAAUAGUGGAUUUACAAAGGAAGAAUGAAGAACUGAAGGCGAAGUUGGCACAAAUUGCUGAAGCAUCCCUUAAUGGCAAUGAUGCUACUGAUGAAAACAAUUUUGGCAGCUUAGAUGAGACACAAACAAAGAAAAAACUACCACCUCGUCUCUUCUGUGAUAUCUGCGAUUGCUUUGACCUCCAUGAUACAGAGGAUUGUCCCACACAAGCACAGAUGUCUGAAUUUCCACAACACACUACUUACCACGGCAAUAGAAAUGAUGAGCGACCCUAUUGUGACAUCUGUGAGGUUUUUGGGCACUGGACAAACAACUGUAAUGAUGAUGAAACCUUCUAAUGCAAUGGUCUGCAUUUUUUGUGUAAUUCUGCAGUUUUUUAUGCUUUUUCUUUGCUUAACCAUUUUUCUCUUGUCAUUACUCUGUAUUGCACAUUCAUAUAACUACAUUUAUUAUGGCUUCAGUAUCAAAUAACUUGAAAAAUUAACUUAUACUGAACAAUUGUUACAUUUGGUUUAAGAUUCACUGUAUCAAAAUCUUGUAGUAUUUGAAACUAUCUUCUUCUGAAUGUCAGACUUAAUGUAUAAAGAGAGUGUGGAAAUUAUAUUGUUUUACAUAUUAUAUGUAAAAUAUGUGGGAAAUUAGGCUUAUAAACAUGUACAUAUCUUGAUUUAUUUUGUCCAACAGUAACUUACUCAGAAAUCAGCAUAAGGAUAUGUUGAAUAUUUUUCUUUAUUUCUAAGUUUGGGUUUUGAAAUUCAUGUAUAAUAUUACAAUUGUUGCAGGGAGAAAGCAUAUGUAAGGACAGUAUUAAUCCAACAGUGUGUCAAGUUUAAUAAAUUAUUAUCUUUGUUUUGAUUGUC